AUGACGAAGGGUGGUAUGCUGAACGCGCGCGCGUCACGCGUCGUGGUACAGUCGUACUUAGACCUGCUUCUCACACAAUGCAUCAAUCUCAACACGCCAGCCGAACAGCGGACGGAUUUCAUGCAAGCCCACUGGAAUCCAAAGUCCGAAUCUGAGCUUCGAUACUUGCUUGCUCGGGAGCUCGAUCUGGAUUCAUAUUUGCUGACGCUACAACGCCGACAUCGUGCCUUUGCACCAAGUCCGGAGGCCGUGCCGCGCGUGUCUGUCGACUCCGUCAUGCCUCUCGAAGGUCAGUACAUAUCUUGAGGUCGGCCCGCCAUCUCAUUCGUUUUCUGCAUCAGCAAUGACGAUAUCUCAUCGAGCGUAAUGCUUGGAAGUUCUGAGAGCUCUGCAGCACGCUUCCGGAUAAGAGAGCCAGAGAGCCGAUAUUUAUCAACGCCUGAGCACUUUGAUCGUAGAUUAAGACUUGCCUGCAGAUAUCUAACAUCUUCAAUAGAUCGUAUCAGUUCGGCAUUCAGGCCCAUCAAUGCUGAAUCUAGUAGGGGCCAACAUCCAGCCACACGGGAAGUCCAAUCUGGCUCCACCGCCGGAAAACUUCGAAGGCCGACGAGUCGUCUCGAAGAACGGCCAGAGUCAGAAAUCCGGCCACACCAGACGGUAGAAGAAGCUGAAGGUCGACGGCGUGAUUCUGAAGAGACCGUCGAGGAUGCAGCAAUCGUAUUGCCACAGCAAAGACUCGAAGACCGCGACUUCCCCGUGAAGUCAAUACGAGACAAGAAAGACGAAGACGGCAUAAUCGAGCGAUUGGUGGAAUGGGAGGAUACCAUGCACCCUUUAGCCAUCGUGUACGCCGCCGAAGAUGGAGAUCGUGUCAUGGAUACGACCGGGUACUCGUGGCGGAUUCGAUCGAAAAUGAUCCUGCCAAGACCGAAUUCGGAGCAGAACGUGUUGAUUGAAUGGUUCGACACCUGGCAUCCGGAUUGGGAGAUGCCCAAAGAGGCUGUUGCAGAUUACGAGCGACUUCACCAUCCGCAGAAGAAAUCUGACGCCCAGGAAAAUCUCGCGCCGAGCUGGUACAUCAAGCCAGAGGUUCCAUCGAGAUUCCUACCUCCGGAGGAAGGAUGGCCAAGGCGGCGAGGACAGCUACCACCGGAUGUCUUCACUGAGGACUUCGUGCCUUGUAAGGGUGCUGACUACAGCAUCAGUUUCCUUGAACUUCUUCGUCUCGAGCUGAAGGUGGAGAAUCCAGCUCCCGCAGCUCCCGCAAGAGACACAAUCUUGCGCUUCUUGAACCAACGAAUUCGCCAACGGUUCCGAGUCCUCGACCAUUUCACCAACAAGGAAUUUCGACUUAGUCAGGUGAACAUUGUCAGAGCAUGUCUGGUAUACAUGUUUGGUCUUGCACGGAGAUUGCCAUGUUCGCACUGUCGGGAGAGUGGAGGUCCUUUCCGAUUUUGCGUGACACUUCCUGUACAUCUCAAUGGCGCAUGCGCCAAUUGCGCAUACUGGCGCCAUCACACCCGAUGCGAAUACCACCAUAGAGGUGAGCAGAUUGCCGUGGUCUUGUCGUGUGUCUUUGCUAAGACUGGUAGAUGCGUGGUACAGAGAAGAGACAUUGAAAGCCACAAGCCAAGCCCUGCCAGGGCCGCCCUUACGACCUUCUUCUAUUCCCUCUUCUACUCCCCAGAGGGACGACCCUCGGCUGCAGAGUUCUCCUCGAUCCGGUUUCAAUGAGAUGAGCGCUACGCCGUUGAGCUCGCCUCCGUCACAAGCUAGUUCGGCUCCGAGACCUGUGGUCCCGGAGGCCGUGGACCCAAGGGUGCCCUCUGCAAAAGAGUUGACCUUGCUGGUGCCAGGCACGCAAGCAAAUGGUCAUGGCAGUGCCGAGUCCGAGGAAACAGGCUCGCGCCGACUCGACAAUCCGCUGAAAAGGCCAUUCGUCUCAAUCAAUGGCGAGGAUAGAGCGACCAUACCUGGAACAUUGAGCAAGGCUCCGAAAAGAUCGCCGCGCCGGACACCAAGACCAGCUCUCUCGUACUUGACUAUUGUCGAGCAAUCGCUCGCAAAGCUGGAAACUCCGCAUACCUGCCCUAAGCCAUUCCGCUGCACAGAUCCGGAUGUUGGAGUGGAUCCACGAGACGUCCCACCAGACGCGAUUCACGACGACGAGCAAUUCGAACCCGGCGAGUUGACAGAUCUGCAGGUUCGCUUCAUCAUCAGCCGGUGCACAUGCGCGCAGACGCUGAUGCUGCAGGACUUCUGGGAGCUCCUGCUGGCAGAGGAAGCCAAGUGGGGACGGGGGCAUCACGAGGUCUGGCGCAGCAAAGAGCGGUAUCUUUCGGCAGAGCAUUCGGGAGUGCUCAAUGCACUCAUUCGGCGGCAGUGCAGAUCGCGAUGCACCGGCGAGGUGAUCGACUUGACCGGGGACAGCGAUUGA